AUGGAGCCACCAAAGAACCGUGCAGAGCUGGAAACAGUGCUUGGCAUGGUCAACUACUUAGCCAAGUUCGCACCCAGCCUCUCCAAUGCUAAUGCACCCCUGCAUCAACUGCUAAAGCAGUCCAUGCUCCUGUGCCGGGGCAAAGCUUUCAGCGAUUUCACCGGACCAGACUGUCGGUUUCUGUCAUUUAAAAAAGGAGAGACUAUAUAUGUCUACUAUAAACGCUCAGGCCAAAGGACAAAUAUAUGUGCAGGGAGUGACCAACUCGUAAUCAAUCACAUAUACACUGAAAAAGAAAUGGAGAUUCCUGCUGAGGAAACCGACAUUGUUUGCUUUGAGACUGGACACGAUAAGUUUGACAGUUAUGACAUUGAUUCACUGUUAGGUUCCUCUUUAUUGUUAACAGACAAGGAAGAAUCUGUGCAAGUAACCACAGAGACUUUGUACCUAAACAAAAGUGCUGAGAGCACCACGGUGGAAGUGGAUGAGCCUCCACCUGAAGUGACACUGUUAGAAAAUGAUGAGAUUGAUAGGGAUGUACCUGAGGACAUUGAUAAGGUUGUAGAGGUUCCAGAUAAUGAUGAUCUGAGACAUUUUGAGCCUUUAGAGUCCUCUUUGCCUCAGCCUGAAACUCUUGACACAAAGGGAGUGGAAUCUAACACUGUGCUUGAGACCACAGCUGAGAGGAUCAAAGAUUACCUUCAGAAAGAUCAGCAGAGGACAGUGCCGUACAGUGUUGUUGAACCAGAGGAAGGUGAGAUCAAAGAAACCCCCUCAGAACCUGAAUCCAAAGAUGAUCCUGAGUUAGAAAAUGCACCUGAUGGUUUUUCAGAAGGCAGAUCUAUUCCUGAGUUAAACACCACACUAGGAAUAACUUUUGAUGCUGUCACUUCCAAUGAUAAGGACACUUGGAAGGUGACUCCAUAUGACGAGGAAAGUGAUAAGACUGAAUAUCACCAGGAUGAGGAAAGUGAUUAUCAUCUCAGGGAAACUCCAUUGCUGGCUUUUCCUGAAGAAAGUUCUAAUUUGGAACACGAGAACAUUCCAGAAUCUGAUCAGACAGAUGAGGAAGACAGUCUAUCAGAGGUACCUCAUACACAGAAACAGGACUCCAAGGACAAUAACCUGUGGUCUGCAUUUGGUGAUACCGUUUUUAACAUUGUCAGUGGUGGGGAAAGAAUAGCUUAUGUUGCUGGUUCAGAGGAAGAUGACGAGGAGGAUGAUGACGAAGGUGAGAUUACACCAGAGGAGCCUCCCAAAAUUGAAGAACCCAAGGAGUCAUUUGGCUGUUCUACUUCCUCUGAGCUAAUCUUUGAGGAACCUGCGGACUCUAAUUUCAGUGAGGAUGCUGUCAAAGUACCUGAUGAGGAUUCUCAGACGUUGCAGUUUGAGAAUGAAUCUGAAGAAGGUGACAUCGAACCUUCAACACCUCCUGCUGAUGAGGCGAGUCCCUUUGAACACACUGAGGCUUUAGCAGAGAAUCUCACAGAAGAUGACAGCCCAGUCCCUAAACAGCUCUCACAGACAGACAUGCUCUCAGACUUUGAUAGUAAAAUGAACAAAUCAGAGCAGAAACAAGCUGUUGAAGAACUCCCCAUACAAAAAGAGGAGUCAAUAGAUUUCUCACAAGUAGAGAAUACAUUUAAACAGGGUGGUACAGAGCUUUUCAGACUAUUUCGAGAACCAUACCAGAAGGUCCCAGAUCCAAGUAGAAACACAAUGGUGAAAGAGAGCCAUCAAGAACUCCCCAUAGAGGAGGAGGAUUCAAUACACCUAGAGGGGGAAGAGAUUGAGGAAGAGUUGCUAGAGGAUGAAAAUGCAGUAUUAUCUUCAUCCAAAACUGAGCACACUGAUGAAAAUGACACAGAAAGUCUAUCUGAAUUUGGGUCAGAGCAACCCAAUAAUUAUACACAAACCGAUGUUGUAUCCAGUGAUGUGUUGGAUGUGGUCCAACACGACGAGGCUAUUGACAUAGAACCUGAGGUGCAUGAGACUGAAAAUGAUGCUGAAAGCCACACACCCUCACUUAAAGAUAAAGUUUUGGAUCCCCUUCCAAACAAAGAGGCGGAAUACAGUGACAAUGUGUUGAGGCCGACACUAUUGCGACACCGCUGCAAGGAGGAAGAUAUGGAGCGCCUCCUAAAGAUUCUAGGUCCUCAGAACCUCUUUAGUGCCAGAGCACUGGAAGCCAGGUCCAGACUUCUACGGCGUGUCCUAACCAUGUCUGAUUUCAUACUCUUGUCAUGGUUUUUAUUCGCUACUGAAAAAGAAAUGGUGGACAGGAUGAAAAAGCUUGAACAAGAGCAGAAGGAGAUACUCCAAAAGGUCGCUGAACUGCAGCAACAGGGCGAAGAACUUAAAGAAAAGCAAAAGCUGUCUGAAAAAUCUGCCACUUUAUCUCUGGAGAAGAUCCAGGAAUUGGAGAAUAUUGUGCAAGAGAUGGAGAGACAAAAUGAGCGCCUGGACGAGGAAAAUAACUUACACGCCAUAUCCUUUGACAAAGAGCGGGCCAAUACUGCGAAACAUGAAGAUAUGAUGUCCGAAAUGGACAAAACCAUUGAGAAGUUGAAGCGCAGCAAGAAGAAGACCCAGGAUGCACUCUCGAAGUCUACCAUUCUGAUGGAUGAAGCCAAGCUCCGCGAAGAUGCCCGGAAUGUCCAGGUCCAGGUUCUGGAGAAGGAUAUUGCCACCCUGAAGGAGGAGAACCUCUCGCUGCACCAUGCUGCCAAGUUGUGGGAGGAGAAGCACAGGGAGACAAGCGAGCAGAUCAAAGUCUACCAGAAGUCCCAGAAAGACCUGGAGGAUUCCCUCCUUCAGAAGGACCACAACGUUCUAUCUGACCUGCUAGGAGACCUGGAGGCCUGCGAUGACCUGAAAGGUGGAGUUGUUGCUAACGGGGUAGCCUCUAACGGUCCAGACCACUCUGUCUGCUGUGGAGGAAGAGCGCGAUCGCUUCAUGACAAAGCUGCUGAACGAAGAGAAGUCCAGGAAAGAGCUGGAAGAGCAAUUUCAGAACUAGAGCAUGACAUCUUGUUGGUGAAAAGUGACAAGAACCACCUGGAGAACCAGUACAAGACCCUGCAGCAGAAGAAUGACAUCAUGACAGAGAUGUACCAGCAGAAGGAGAACGCUUUGCAGCAGAAAUUGACCAAGGAGGAGUUUGAGCGCCCCAACAAGGAAGACCGGCUGACGGAGAUGGACGGCAAGGCCCUAGAGGAGGAGGUCAAGGUGUGUAGGCAGCGCGUUAAGGAGAUCCAGGACGAGCUGAAAUGGACCGAGAAGUUCUACAAAGCUCAGAUCAUUGAGCAGGAGCAGAAAUCUCACGAGAACUGGGUGAUUGCACGCGCCGCAGAGCGAGCUCUGUUCGACGAGAAGAAGGAAACAACUAACAUUCGUAACUUACUGACUGACAUGUCCAGCAAGCUGAAGGAGCUCUGUAGCCCUCUGUUCAAGCCCACCCCUGGGAUGGCUCCCAUGCCUCUCCGACGAGGUAAGAACCCCGGCCGCCGUUACUCUCCGUACCACAAACACCCAGUGGCUGCUAGACCUGACACCAUGGCCCCAUGUACAUCCUCACCAAGCAAUCUGGGCAGCUCGAACUCUCGACCUCAGGGUCCUGGCUCCCUGCUGGUCUCUCCCAUCAGCUCCCCCCUCGACUCAAGCCUCAGACCAGUCAUCAGCCAUCCCUCCGGACUCUGCCACCGUCCUCUUCCCGGACCCCACCACAUCCCUCCUCCCCCACCCUUCAUGCCUCCAGUGUACCGACCAGACAACGGACACUCAGGCAUGAUGCCUCCUGGACCCCCACCGCCUAACGGACACCCGCCUGGUCCAAUGAUACCACCCGGACAUCGGCCUCCACCUCCUGGUGCUUACGGUCCCUCUUCCCCACACAACCGGUACCGUCCUCCACCUUUUCACUAUGGACCGGUGCCUCCUCUAUUCGGACCCCCACAUACCUACGUGCACUAUGGACCACUUGAUCACUUCAUCCCACUCCGACACCUGCCCCCUGGGGUGGCCCCAUUCCCUCCUCAUGUCGGCCCCAAAGACUUCCCUGUGCAGCCACAGGUCCCACAUGGCCAUGACUCUUCAGUGGGCUCCCAGCCCGGCGCUGGCCCCCAGGGCCAGGGGCAAGACUACAGCUCCCAGCAGGCAACAGCUGCCCCCCAGGACUCAGUCAGCUCUGCCAUGGCAGAGCCUUAGACACCUACCAACCGUUAACGACCUGGCUACAUUUAAUCAACCACGAUUCAUCUCUUUAUUUUUUCCUUUUUGUUUUUAAUUGGCUGAAAAUAAAUAUCAUAUGAUAUACUUGGAAACAACAGAAGUAUCUAAAAAGUUAGUGUUCCUAUUAAAGCAUCAGAAAAUCAAUGUCGUAUGUUUCGUGUCUGAAAUGUAAUAAUGACUUGAAGAGGAGUAGAACUGAGGCUUGUUACUCUGCAAGUCCUAUUGUGCAAUAACAUUUCUAUUGAAUGACUGAGGAUUUUACGUUUUUGAAAGGGUAUUAUGUUGAUUUUGUAUUAAUUUCACAAUGUUAUCAUGGUUUCCUGUGGAAAUUAUUCAAAAUAAAUGGACCCCAAGCUUUUGGGUUGCUUGAUCGAUCAUUUCAGAAGUACCAUAUUAUCUUAACUCUUCCCCAAACUCUCUUCAGAAUGAACUGAAAAGGAAAGUUGUGUAAGUUGAAAGUCAAAGAUGUAUUUGCUGUUCUUAGGAUAUUUUAUUAAUAAAACUGGUAAAAGGUA